UCGUUAAAACCCUGACACACACAAGUUUCUUAGCUCCACCAAAAAUGAGUUUGUAUCCAUGGCUGGUUAAGAGAUACCCUAACACACUCUGCUCCGUUGUCGAAGAUCACUCGUCUCUCGACACCAGUAAACCUAACCCUAACGGCGUCGAAUUCGACAACCUUUACAUCCACUUGACUGAUAUUAUUCAUACAUGUUUUCACCCUGGGGGCCUGCCUGCACCUCAGUCAUACGAUGGUAUUUUCCACUUUGUUUUGGAGUACAUUCACAGAGUAUUCUCCAUUGUUAGACCACGGAAGCUUCUGUAUCUUGCACUUGACGGUGUUGCACCACGAGCGAAGAUGAAUUAUCAAAGGAUAAGGCGUUUCAGAGCUGCUAAAGAAGCAGCUCGUAAAAGGACUGGUAAACCAGAAGGUGAUAAACUGGAUUCAAAUGUGAUUACACCUGGGACGGAGUUCAUGGAUCUGUUGUCUUGUGCUCUCAGGUAUUUUGUGUACUGUAGAAUGAAUAGGGACCCUGGAUGGCGAGGCAUCAAGGUGAUUCUUUCCGACUCAACGGUGGUAGGUGAUGGGGCGUGUAAGAUAAUGUCAUAUAUCAGGUCUCAAAGGAAUUUACCUGGAUAUGAUCCAAAUACGAGGCACUGUUUAUAUGGAGUGGAUGCAGACUUGAUCAUGCUUGCAUUGGCAACCCAUGAAAUCCACAUCUCUAUCCUGAGGCCAAUGAAGGGCAUAAACGUUGGGAAGAAGUAUAGAAAGACGGAGCUACCAUAUUCUGAAUGUAUGAAAGGAUUAAUGAUUGAUUUGAAAUUUGAGCUAUUCAACAUAUGGGUACUGAGGGAAUAUCUAGAGAAAGAGCUGGUUCCAAAUGUGGAGGGAACAGAUUUCGACUGCCUCAUUGAUGAUUUUGUCUUCAUGUGCGUUUUUGUUAGGAAUGAUUUUUUGCCCCGUUUGCCAUCAUUGGAUGUAUCCAUGGGUGGAAUUGAAUUGCUCCUGGUGGUCUAUCAACAGGAAUUUGCUAAAAUGGGCUAUCUGACCAAUGCACCUGAGGUGAAUUUGAAAAGCACGGAGCACUUUCUUCAAGCCUUAAGUUCCCAUGAGAACACUAUUCUUAUGAAACGCAGCCAGAAGGAGAAGAGAAAGAAGAGAGACUUUCAAGAUUUGCACAAUCAACUCAAGAUUGUGGAGCGUGACAUCAUAAGUGCACCCAAUCCUAAUACUGAGGAUGGUGUUGAAUUAACAAUCGACGAGGUUAAAAUACAUGACAGUGAUAUGGAGUACAAACACUAUACUAUGAAAUUUGAUUGUGAAAGUCAUGACAUUGAUAGAAUUAAAAGACAUGCAGUCUUAAAAUACACUGAAGGUCUCUGCUGGUUCAUGCAUUAUUAUUAUUAUCAACAAGUACCUUCGUGGCAAUGGUUUUAUCCGUAUCACUAUGCACCACUUGCUUCAGAUUUUUGUGGUCUUGAUAAGCUGGAGAUUAACUUCACACUUGACCAGCCUUUCAAGGCGUUAGAUCAGCUACUGGCUGUCUUACCUGCAGCAAGUGCACAGGCACUUCCUUUGUUUUACAGGGAAUUAAUGACAAACGAGUCUUCCCCUAUCUCGGACUUCUAUCCUAAAGCAGAUGCUAAGUUUGAUAGGGAUGGAAAAAGGCGUGCUUGGCAGGAUGUAAGUAAGUUACCAUUUAUUGACGAGUCUCGUCUUCUUUCUGAGAUUAUGAAGGUGGAGCAUACUUUAACGGAUGAAGAAAAGCAAAGAAAUAGGUUUGGCCGAGACAUGCUAUUUGUUCACUCCAGUCACCCCUUAGCGGAAAUGAUAAAGGAUCUUCCUUCAAGUGAUACAAGUUCAGAGGUACAAAUCCACAUUAGGCCAGACCUCAGUGACGGGAUGAAUGGAGAUUUGUGCAUUUCUGAUAAACCUGUGCUUCCUACUGAUAUACCUUCACCUUUUGUUGACAAGCCGGCAGUGAAGAUGAAUUGCGUAAAAUCAGUCGAUUACAAGUAUCCUUCCCAUGCUCACAUUCCUAAGCUCCCCUGUGGCGUAAUAAUGCCUCCUAGGAUUCUAAGACGCCGAGAUUGGCCUAGUCCACCUAUUGUUUGGCAUGCAUUCCAAUCUCAACGUCCCACUAAGAAACGGAAACAGGAUGAUAAGAAUUGCGUACUGGAAGAUGACGGGAAGCAGCAGAACCAUAAAAAUGGAAAAUCAGAGGCUCAAUUUGUAGUUGAGGGGAGUCAAAACCAUUUGACUGCUGAAAAGUCAACAAACCACACAGAGGCUCAGCAACAACAAGCUGGUAUGAGUGAUGGAAUGUGUAGAGAUCACAAGCAGGUAAAGGAAACAGAAGAUGAGAAAUUGAUCGACGUUGCGUUUACUGCAGGAGAUGGGGAGCCUAAAAGAAAGCAUAAAAAGAAGAAACAGAAGCAGCUUGACGCUCAACAAGAAGUACAGGCUGACGGGCAUGAAGAAGGGGGUGACGCGCCCCAGGGUAUUAACAAUAUGGUUAACAGUGUUGAAGACCCGACAGCCAGAACACAAUCAUCUAACAAUCAGCAAGCACCCCAUGUUGCACUCAAGCUUACAAAGAGGAGACGUGCUAAAACUGAGAUGGUGUUGAUAAAUGGAGGGGGAGGUGAAAACAAAAUGGAAUCUCCGGCUGCUGCUGAGGCAGUUGGUGGUGAAAACUCAACAAACAAGAUGGAUGGUGUCGGCGAUGGACCAAAAGAUUUAGUUGUUGGACAAAUGAAGGAUUAUUUUCAAGUUAGUGAGGAGAAAGCAAACAAGAAAACGAGGAAGAAAGUGAAGAAUGAAAAUGAUGAAAGCAAAGCAAGUGAUGUUUCUACUGAGCAAGAAAAAGAAUCUAGUAAAAGAAGAAAAAAACAUAAGAGUAAAAGCAAGAAUGUUGAGAUCCCAGGAAACUCUCCCAGGGCCGAGGAGCAAGAAGCAACAGAGAAAAAAGAGGCGGUAACUGAGUCUGAACCCACACAAGAGGCAGCUGAAUGAAGAUGGGCCAAAAAGAAAAGAUGAUGCUUUCUCAACUAACUUCCCUUUUAUAAUUUGUGUGUUUUGUCGCAAAAUAUGAUAGUGAGUAUACUGUAGCCCAAUUCGAUUUUGGGACAAUUUUGCAAAAUUUUGAUUACUAUCAUGUUUGGAAUAUGAUAACCAUGUUAUCUUAAAAGAAUAACAAGGCAAGUAAGCGUUAAACAUCAAUUCUUUAACAAUACUGCUGGCCUGCAGAAUUUAGAACAAA